AGUGAGCGCUUAUCGGUGUUUGUGCUCCGGCCGGUGCCGUAUCUGUGCCCGGGGAUGUGUUUAUCCCGUCAUGUGGUUUGGGCCCGUUCCACCAUUAAUGCAUAAUGGCCUUCCUAAGGAACGCGCUGUAGCACUGAAACGUGAACUUUGCCAUGAAAUUUGUUAGGUGGCCUGGCUUGGACUGCCUUCAGCCCUGCUCUUCAGUGGCAGCGUGAUGUUUGCAGCUGUACGAUCCAGGUUUUCAGGAUGAAUCUGGAAAAACUCAGCAAACCAGAACUACUGACGCUGUUUAGCAUUCUUGAGGGAGAAUUAGAAGCGAGAGAUCUCGUCAUAGAAGCCUUAAAGGCCCAGCAUAGAGACACCUUCAUUGAAGAGCGCUAUGGAAAGUACAACAUCAGUGAUCCAUUGAUGGCUUUGCAAAGAGAUUUUGAGACCCUGAAAGAGGGGAAUCAUGGUGAAAAGCAACCAGUAUGCUCCAAUCCCUUAUCUAUUUUGAAAGUGGUGAUGAAACAUUGCAAGAAUAUGCAGGAAAGAAUGUUAUCCCAACUAGCUGCUGCAGAAAGCAGACACAGAAAGGUGAUCCUGGACCUUGAGGAAGAGAGGCAGCGUCACGCCCAGGACACGGCGGAGGGGGAUGAUGUGACCUACAUGCUGGAGAAGGAGCGGGAGCGGCUCACCCAGCAGUUGGAGUUUGAAAAAUCCCAAGUGAAAAAGUUUGAAAAAGAACAGAAGAAGCUCUCAAGCCAGUUGGAGGAAGAAAGGGCUCGCCACAAGCAACUGUCUUCCGUGCUUGUGGUAGAGUGCAAGAAAGCCACUGCCAAAGCAGCAGAAGAGGGUCAGAAGACAGCAGAAUUGAGCUUGAAAUUGGAAAAAGAGAAGAGUAAGGUGAGUAAACUGGAGGAGGAGCUGGCAUCCAAGAGGAAGCGGGGUUUACAGAUGGAAGCACAAGUAGAAAAGCAGCUCUCGGAGUUUGACAUUGAAAGAGAACAGCUGAAAGCCAAGCUGAACAGAGAAGAAAACCGUACAAAAGCACUGAAAGAAGAGGUAGAAUGUUUGAAGAAAGCCCUGAAGGAGCUGGAGGCUGCUUGCCAGGAGCACAGUCCUACUGAGCCUUUGCAGCCAAGCCCCUCAGUGAUGUCCAGAGGAGUUGCUACUGACAGUCCCGCCGUGAAGUCUGUGUCUUGCCAGACGGAGUGUCCACAAGCAGACCGAGCAAAUCCUGCCAGCACCAGCAAAGCUGUGCAUACCGUGUUUCCCAGCCCUACUACACCUACUCAUUCCUAUGCAAAAUCCAAUGGUCAUUGCAAUACAGACAUGCAAACGGGUAGCGAGCUGCUGCAAACAAAUGCAGCAGAGAGCCAGGCUCAAAAGGAGAAAUAUGCUGGUACAACACUAGAAAACACAGUUGAAAAUGGAAGUUCUCCUGUAAGAACAGAGUCACCAGUGCAUCUGAUGUCCCAGCUCCCUUCUAGUGGGGUCUCCCUGUCUCCCAGCAGCACAGCUGCCUCCUCUCUAACACCUUCGCCCUGCUCCUCACCGGUUCUGACUAAACGCUUAGUGGGAGCUUCAGCAAGCAGCCCUGGUUAUCAGUCAUCCUACCAGGUGGGGAUCAAUCAACGUUUCCACGCAGCUCGGCACAAAUUUCAGUCUCAAGCUGAACAGGACCACCAGUCAAGUGGUUUGCAGAGCCCACCGUCAAGGGAUUUGUCUCCUACUCUAGCAGACAACUCUGCUGCCAAGCAGUUAGCACGCAAUACAGUCACUCAGGUUCUUUCCAGAUUCACCAGCCAGCAGGGAGCGAUUAAACCUGUCUCCCCUAAUAGCUCACCUUUUGGCACAGACUAUCGAAAUCUGGCAAAUGCCGUGAGCCCCAAAAAUGAAUCUGGUCAUUCUCCAAGCCCUGGCAAGGUUUCCAGUCCACUAAGCCCAUUGUCUCCUGGGAUUAAAUCACCAACCAUCCCUAGAGCAGAAAGAGGGAACCCUCCACCCAUUCCUCCAAAGAAACCUGGCCUUGCUCAGUCGCCUGCUGCUCCUGCUCCGCUAACCAAAACCUCUUCUCAGGCGUCCUCUCUGGGUGCCCCCAUGGACGUGGCAAGUAGCUGCUCUAACAAUACUGUAGUGUCAAAUGGCAAAGACAUGGAGAUACUCCUGCCAACUAGCAGCUAGUCUCCAGAAAAUGUGAAUGUGACAUUCCAUGGCUUAGCGUCCUAGAGCUAAGGCACUGGUUUUCCACUCCAUGUUAUUUAUUUCCAUAGUAGCAGAAUCUGUCUGUAUAAAGCAUUUAGUAUAUUUUUCUUUUUUAAUAGGUAGGAAAAUAUUUUUGUUUAUGAAGAAACCUUAACUACAGCUAUACAGUAGCCUCAAAAUGUCUCAUGGCAACGGUCAAAUCAAAUCAAGAACAGGAACCAUAAUCAUGAACUGGGACCUAUCUAUCAAACUAAAAUGGGACUGAAAUGCUACUUUUAAAUUAUGCAGAAAUAACUUUUGCAGACUUUUUACUCCAGAUGAACAUUUUAUAUAAAGUGCCUGAACUAAGCCUGCAAUAUGAAUGUGAUUCUCUGAAAAGGGUGAGGAGGGGGACCAUCUAGCUGCAGAAAGAAAUUCUUCUCUGAGUCAUGAAUGUUAAAAACACUGUUUUUCGUUUUAAUUCUUUCCGUUUGCUAAAGUAAGUUAGCAAAUGUGCUACCAAUUCUGUAAAGUGACCACCAGACUGAUGCAGCCAGCCACACUUUGUGCUUUAGGUCUUGGCUCCUAGGUAUUUUAGGAAGCAUACACAAGUUUCUUGGUGUGAAAUUUAGCAGUAAUCUGGAUUGUCCAGAUUACUCUGCUUUCAAUAUUCAUUGUCCCAGCAGGUUUUUUUGUUUGUUUGUUUCCUAUAGCAUAUCCUGUAGAGAUGCCUGGGUGCUUUAAAUGGCUAAGCUCUAGUUUCUGGUGUGUCACCUUUUAAUUUUCAAGUUCCUCAAGCAUUCUACUGUUGUGUGUAGAACUUCUGAGAAAAGGAUCUUGCUACUACUUGACAAAGAUCUUGCUAUUACUUGAAAAACAAAACACUAGUCCAUAUGAUACAGUUUCCUUUGCAACAGUAAAACAGGAUCUUCUACUAUACACAAAAGCAAUAAUUUUAUUCAUCACGUGCAUCAAUGGUGUCCAGCUGACAUGGAUUUUACACACUAGUUUUGGGAUCUUGUUGGCUUUCACUGGCUGCUACAAAUAGAGAACCAAAUCAUUACUGUCAUAGGUAAUUGACUACGUAUAUGUGUUUAGGUAGUUUCACACGUACCUAUUAAAUAUACAACACGUUAUGAAAAUCUCUAUUCUUGAGCUUCUUCCUAAUAUUAAGAAAACAAGGGAAUUCUUUGAGAUUGGAAAAAAAAUCACUUAGAGCAAGGAAUUGCCUAAGUUUGAGGCAAAUCCUAUGUAGGAAAAGUUAUUUGGGCCCAAAAGGGCAGUGGCAAUGGAUUCUAGUGCAGAAACGUUUGGUACGAGAAGUGUAGUCCUCACUGCCAUGUUCUGCCUAUGCUGCCCAUCACUCCACAGCACGGCAGAGUUGGUUUUCUGAGUCAUCGUGGUAAGAAGUGCAAGACAAACAUACCACAGAUCAGUGGUAGAGGCUGAGAGCGUAACCCUGGGUUAAUUAUCUCAGGUGUUGUAUCUAAACUGAUCCUAAACUUAGAAACAUUCAGCGUUUCCCUCUCAGCAGUGUCAAGUUACACACUAUAGUUUCCCACUGCCAGCGAUGCUUUCUCCUUCAUCGUUUUUGAAUAUUUAAUCAAACAAAGUACAUCCCACUUCCCUGUUGUAGAAAAGAUCCCUGUGGCUGCCGGGCAGAUGCACUGCUGGACGUGGCCUGGAAGCUCCUUCACCUGGCAGCUCCUUCAAGCCCUGAGUCUUGCUCUGUAGGACAUCGCAGCGCUUGUGCUGCUUUGGAGUGGCUGUUGUCUGAAGUGCCCCUGCUGUUCUUUCCCGUGCAGGCAGAUAUUUAGGCUAGAACAAGAGGUUUUUACAAACCUUUUAGUAGCCUUUUAAAUUGUGGUGUUACGUGCCAUGGUUCCUAAACCAUUGGAAGGGGCUACAUAUAGGAAGAUGGGCAGCCUGGAGAUAAGUGGGCAGUGGCUUUUAGGGAAGCGCAUUUAUUACUUUUUUAAGUAUUCAUAGCAGAUUUUUUCUCUUGAUGAGAGUAAUUCUGAAAACUGAUGGGCAGAUGAAUUUAGGCUCACGUAUCACUGCCGAUUCAAAAGUGAGGCUUUUGUAUACACUGCUUUAACGUGUUUCUUUGCUUUUACAUUAAUCUAAAUUGUAUUAUCCCCUUUCCUUAUCAAUAGCUCUAUAGAGAGAGAUGCUAUGAUGAAGUUUAUUAGGAAAUGCACUGAGUACUGGUUCUUCUAAAAUAUAAUACGGGAAGGGGGUAUGCAAAAGAAUGUAUUUUUGCUAGUAGCCUAUCUUCUGAGAGAAACUAAGCACAAGAUAUUAAAAUGGAUCCAACUAAUUCAGUAAGACAUUUAGAGGUAGUAUUUAACUGUUGAUGUAGAUUCUGUGUGAAAGCAACUAAAUAUUUCUUCUAUAAUUCACAUCUGUUACAAGCAGAAAUUGUUGCAGAGUUUGUCACUGGCUAAUGGAGUAUAAUGAAGUGCAAAAUGUACACACUAGUAUUAAUUCAUUAACACUUGUAAAUUUGUAAAGCCAAAUGUACCAAGCUGAACUCUUUAAUCAUUUUUAUAGCUGACGGCAUUAAACGUGUUAAACAUUCAUAUUAUCAAUAAAGGAUUUUAUUUUUAAGAUGUGC